UUUUCUGACCCGGAUUCAUAACAACAGCUGGAGACGGCUAACGAGCUAGCAGCUAGCUCCGUGAUUCCGCUGCUAAAGCUAACACUAAAGGCCGAUUUAUAAUACUGCGACUGCAACUGCGGCUGGCCACGCAGUUGCAUCGACAGACUCGUUUUUGUUUAUAGUUCCUCAAGACAUGACGACGGCUGGUCUGCGCUCAGGCUAAAGCUAGCAGCUGUCAGCAGACGUUAGCUAAACUGCGGGGGACGUCGCUCAUUGCUAGCCUGCUAAAGCUAACAACACAACAGUCCCGUGCAGAGCCGCGACAUCAGCCGUGAUGGGGAAUCAGCUGGCCGGCAUCGCCCCCUCUCAGAUCCUGUCUGUGGACAGUUACUUCUCCGACAUCCACGACCAUGAGUACGACAAGAGCCUGGGCAGCACUCGCUUCUUCAAGGUGGCCCGGGCCAAACACCGCGAGGGCCUGGUCGUGGUCAAAGUCUUCGCCAUCCAAGACCCGUCGCUGCCUCUGACCAGCUACAAGCAGGAGCUGGAGGAGCUGAAGAUCCGGCUGCACUCCUGCCAGAACUGCCUGCCCUUCCAGAAAACCUCCCUGACGGAGAAAGCCGCCAUCCUGUUCCGUCAGUACGUCCGGGACAACCUGUACGACCGCAUCAGUACCCGGCCGUUCCUCAACAACGUGGAGAAGCGCUGGCUGGCCUUCCAGAUCCUCAAUGCCGUCGACCAGGCACACAAGUCUGGCGUCCGCCACGGUGACAUCAAGACGGAGAACGUGAUGGUGACCAGCUGGAACUGGGUGCUGCUCACAGACUUCGCCAGCUUUAAGCCCACGUACCUGCCGGAGGACAACCCCGCCGACUUCAACUACUUCUUCGACACGUCCCGACGGAGGACGUGCUACAUCGCCCCCGAGAGGUUUGUGGAUGGAAGCAUGUUUACAACAGAGAGUGACCAGAACACGCCGCUGGUGGACCUGACCAACAACAACCAGAGGAGCAGAGGGGAGCUCAAACAGGCCAUGGACAUCUUCUCUGCAGGCUGCGUCGUGGCAGAGCUCUUCACGGAGGGCGUCCCGCUCUUCGACCUCUCGCAGCUGCUGGCGUAUCGGAAAGGACUUUUUCAGACAGAGCACGUGCUCAUGAAGAUCGAGGACCAGAGCAUCCGAGAGCUGGUGGGUCAGAUGGUGCAGCGGGAGCCUGAGAAGCGUCUGACGGCGGAGGAGUAUCUGAAACAGCAGAGAGGAAAAGCUUUCCCCGACAUCUUCUACACCUUCCUGCAGCCGUACAUGGCUCAGUUUGCCAAAGAAACCUUCCAGUCGGCAGACGAGCGGGUGCUCGUCAUCCGCAAGGACCUGGACAACAUCCUGCUCAACCUGCGAGGAGGCUCCUCGUCUUCAUCGCAGGAAAGCAGCGAGGGCGUGCUGAGCUCCCGGGAGGAGCAGGGCCUCAUAGUCCUGGUGUCCGUCAUCACCUCCUGUCUGCAGACGCUGCACUCCUGCGACUCCAAAUUUGCCGCUCUGGAGCUCACCCUGCACCUGGCUCCCCGGCUGGGCGUGGACAUCCUGCUGGACCGCAUCACGCCCUUCCUGCUGCACUUCUGUAACGACCCCGUCCCUCGGGUCCGCGCUCAGGCCGUUAGAACUCUGGCCAAGGUGCUGGCGCUGGUGAAGGAGGUGCCCAGGAACGACGUGAACAUCUAUCCAGAGUACAUCCUGCCAGGCAUCGCCCACCUCGCCCAGGACGACGCCACCAUAGUCAGGCUGGCAUACGCAGAGAACAUUGCUCAUCUGGCGGAGAGCGCGUUGCGCUUUCUGGAGCUGGUUCAGGAGAACAACGUGAACACAGAGCAGGACCUGAGCGGCGAGGACACGGAGGAAACACUUCACCCGAACGAGAACUACGACUCAGAGCUGCAGGCGCUGCACGAGAUGGUGCAGCAGAAGGUGGUGACGCUGCUCAGCGACUCGGAGAACAUCGUCAAGCAGUCGCUGAUGGAGAACGGCAUCACGCGGCUCUGCGUCUUCUUCGGCCGACAGAAAGCCAACGACGUGCUGCUGUCCCACAUGAUCACCUUCCUCAACGACAAGAACGACUGGCACCUGCGAGGAGCCUUCUUCGACAGCAUCGUGGGCGUGGCAGCGUACGUGGGCUGGCAGAGCUCCUCCAUCCUGAAGCCUCUCCUGCAGCAGGGCCUGAGCGACACGGAGGAGUUCGUCAUCUACAAAGCUCUCAACGCUCUCACCUGCAUGUGUCAGCUGGGGCUGCUGCAGAAACCUCACAUCUACGAGUUUGUCAGUGAUAUCGCUCCGUUCCUGUGUCAUCCCAACCUGUGGAUCCGUUACGGGGCGGUGGGCUUCAUCACCGUGGUCGCUCAGCACCUCAACGUGGCCGACGUGUACUGUAAACUGAUGCCCCACCUCAACCCCUUCAUCACCCAGCCCAUCAUCCAGAUCGAUAAGGAGCUGGUCCUCCUCAGCGUCCUGAAGGAGCCGGUCAGUCGCUCCAUCUUCGACUACGCGCUGCGCUCCAAAGACAUCGCCAGCCUCUUUCGACACCUGCUGCUGCGGCAGAAGAAGCGAGCCGGAUCUAUCCCAGAAUGCCCCACUCCCGAGGACCCGGCCAUCGCUCAGCUCCUCAAGAAGCUGCUGUCACAGGGGAUGACGGAGUCAGAGGAGGACAAGCUGCUGGCGCUCAAAGACUUUAUGCUGAAGUCCAACAAGGCCAAAGCCAACAUGGGCGAGCAGAACCACCUGGGAGAGGCAGCGCAGACCGGGGUCAUCGACCUGGCAACGCUCGGCAUCACCGGCCGCCAGGUGGACCUGGUGAAACCCAAGGCUGAGGCCGAGGACAAGAGAGCGAGGAAGCACACCAAGCAGGACUCCACCAUGAACGAGGAGUGGAAGAGCAUGUUCGGGUCCCAGGAGCCGGCCUCCUCCCAGCUGGCCACGGUAACCCCCCCCCCCCCGACGCUGCGUUCAGGUGCAGCUUCUUCUUCAUCUCAGGCUCUUGUUCCCUUCGUGUCUGGUUCGCAGGCGGCUGACGGGCCGGGCGGUCCGAGCAGGAAGAGCGCCGUGACGCCGGCGGUGGCCGUGCUGCAGUCGGUGGCGAGCGGUGCCGCCUACCAGCGCCGCAUCAACACCUGCAAGGCGGAGCUGCAGCAGCUGGUGCAGCAGAAGAGGGAGCAGUGCAGCGCCGAGCGCAUGGCCAAACAGAUGAUGGAGAGCGCCGAGUGGGAAAGCCGACCGCCGCCUCCCGGCUGGCAUCCUAAAGGGCUGCUGGUCGCACACCUCCACGAACACAAAGCUGCAGUGAACAGAAUCAAAGUCUCAGACGAACACUCCAUCUUCGCCACCGCGUCCAACGACGGCACCGUCAAAGUCUGGGACAGUCAGAAGAUGGAGGGCAAGACCACGACCACCAGGUCGGUGUUGACUUAUUCUCGAAUCGGCGGCCACGUGAAGACACUGACCUUCUGUCAGGGGUCACAUUAUUUGGCGGUGGCCUCAGACAACGGCUCCAUCCAGCUGCUGGCGGUCGAAGCCAAUAAACCUCCCAAAUCCCCCAAAGUUCAGCCGUUCCAGACCCGGUCUCUGGACCUGCAGGUCGAUGGCUGCGCCGUCGACAUCCAUCACUUUAACUCGGGCGCUCAGUCUGUGCUGGCGUACGCCACCGUCAACGGCUCGCUGGUCGGCUGGGACCUCCGCUCCAACUCCAACGCCUGGACGCUCCGCCACGACCUGCGUCUGGGCCUCAUCACCUCCUUCAGCGUGGACAUGCACCAGUGCUGGCUCUGCUUAGGGACGAGCAGCGGCACCAUGGCCUGCUGGGAUAUGCGGUUCCAGCUGCCGAUCUCAAACCACUCCCACCCGGCUCGAGCACGAAUCAGACGGCUGCUCAUGCAUCCGCUCUACCAAUCAUCUGUCAUCGCAGCCGUCCAGGGUAAUAAUGAAGUGUCGAUGUGGGACAUGGAGACUGGAGAUCGAAAAUUCACCCUGUGGGCGAGUUCAGCUCCUCCACUCUCUGAGAUGCAGCCGUCUCCUCACAGCGUUCAUGGGAUCUACUGCAGUCCGGCUGAUGGGAACCCUCUGCUGCUGACGGCCGGCUCCGACAUGAGGAUCAGGUUCUGGGACCUGGCCUAUCCUGAGCGCUCCUACAUCGUGGCGGGCGGAGCCAACGACUCGCUGCACUGCCCGUCCGUCCUCUACAGCAGGAAGAUCAUUGAAGGAACCGAGGUCGUUCAGGAGAUCCACAGUAAACAGAAGAGCGGCGUGGUGGAGGACUCUCCUCGCCGCGGCCCAGACUCCCUCCCUGUGGGACACCAUGACAUCAUCACGGACAUCGCCACCUUUCAGACCACGCAGGGCUUCAUCGUCACCUCGUCCAGAGACGGCAUCGUCAAAGUGUGGAAGUGAGGACGUCUCUGAAGUGUCUCAGUCAUGUUUCCCUGUAGCUGAAGCCCGUCCUCCAGCUGAUGGGGAACAAUCUGCAGAAGGCUUCGUCCUCAUAUCUACAAGAAACUGUUUUAUGUUCGAAUACAAGAAAAUGUUUUCUGAAAAAUAACGGAUGUCGUCUCAGAACGAGUUUCAUGUUUCAUCUCCUCCGUCACGCGUCAUCGUGAACGAGUGUCUUAUUAAUGUUGAUCAACAAAACACAAAGCAGACAAUGGGCUCGACCAAUCAGGAGUAAGUAUAUAUCAUCAAAUGACUGAUUCAAACUGAACUGAUCAGAAACUUGAACAAACGUCAGAGAGAUGAGAACGAGCUGAAAACAUCUUUACAAACAUUUAUUUAACGCCUACUUGUCCCAUCUGCUAACCUGGAGGAGGAGUUUAUGAUAAAUACUGCAGCCUGUCACCAGGGGGCGAUAGAGAUGCUUUGGAUUAACUUUUCUUGAUUUACAAUCUGUGGCUGAUUGAUAUUCAACUUUUAAAUGUUUUUUUUUCCUGUAAAUAAAAAAUAAAAACCAUGAAUCUGUGAGUUUGACAAAGA